UAGCAAACUACUGCUGCCCAAACUUAACGGUUCAACGAGAGAAUAGAAAGCGCAAAAUUGAAAAUUGAAUUGGAAGAAAAAAAUCAAGUUGCGCGGGAAUGGAAAUGGGAAGCAGUAGCAGGAAGAAGAAGAAGCAACAACAACACGAUUUGGAAUUAGAAAAAGUUCGAUUAAUCAGUUUAGCUCUCGAACUCGGCUUCGACGAACUCGCCGCAAACCAAUGUUUCGAUCGUCUCGUCUCUCUCUACGGUGACGAUGGUCGUGACUUUAUCACUGUUGAACACUGCGGCGAUGAUUUUCUUGCGGCAUUGGGGGAGUCGGUGCAAAAUACGGAGGAAUGGGAUGAUUUACACGAAAUGGAAUCACAAGCUGUUGGAACUUUGAAUCACGUGCUUGACACGCGUGGUGAUGGUUCUAAAUGCUUCAUUGAUAUUAUUGACGAUUCGCCGAAGAAACAAGGGAAUAAGUUUGUGGAGUUGGGUUCAAGCGACGAUGAGGAGGAUACCAACUUUGAUGUUUCAAGGGUUCAACAUCCUACAAACUUAGUGAAUGGUAGAAAGGGCAUCACUCAGGGCUCCGUUUCAUCAACUUCCAGAAAAAUAAAAUCAUCUGCUGCAAAAGACAGAAAUAGUACUCUCAGUUACGAAGAAUUGAAGACGCUAGAUGAUAUUGAAUUGGCAAAUGUUGUUAUCUUUGGUAACAAGUCACUUCGACCACUGCAGCAUCAAGCAUGUAAAGCAGCUUUGGCAAAACAAGAUAGUUUUAUUCUUAUGCCUACUGGUGGUGGUAAAUCUCUUUGCUAUCAGCUUCCAGCAACCCUUCAACCCGGAGUUACAGUAGUUGUAUCUCCCUUACUUUCACUCAUUCAGGAUCAGAUAAUAACACUUAACCUCAAGUUUGGAAUACCUGCUACUUUUUUAAAUUCUCAACAAAAUGCUUCCCAAGCCGCAGCUGUUCUCCAAGAGCUAAGAAAAGACAAGCCUUCGUGCAAGCUUUUGUAUGUGACACCUGAGAGAAUUGCCGGAAACCAAUCAUUUGUUGGAAUUUUAAAAUGCAUGCAUCAGAAGGGACAACUUGCAGGUUUUGUUGUUGAUGAGGCACACUGUGUUAGCCAAUGGGGACACGAUUUCCGGCCUGAUUAUCGGGGAUUAGGAUCUCUUAAGCAAAAUUUUCCACGUGUUCCUGUCAUGGCAUUGACUGCCACUGCAACUCACCCAGUUCGUGAGGACAUCUUAAAUGCUCUGAGAAUUCCACAUGCAAUUGUUCUCGAAAGAAGCUUUGACAGACCAAAUUUGAAGUAUGAAGUGAUUGUUAAGACAAAGGAACCACUAAAGCAGCUUGGACAGCUACUAAUGGAUCGUUUCAAGAGUCAGUGUGGCAUUGUAUACUGCCUUUCAAAAAGUGAAUGUGUCGACGUAUCAAAAUUUUUGAAUGAGAAAUGUAAAAUUAAGGCAGCGUAUUAUCAUGCUGGCUUGGCUGCCCGCCAGAGAGUUGCUGUUCAAAAGAAAUGGCACGAUGGAGAGGUUCAUAUUGUAUGUGCAACUAUUGCUUUUGGGAUGGGGAUAGACAAAGCUGAUGUUCGAUUUGUCAUCCACAAUACAAUGUCAAAAUCAAUUGAAAGCUAUUAUCAAGAAUCAGGAAGGGCUGGAAGAGACAAUCUUCCUGCAGUUUGCAUUGCCCUAUACCAGAAGAAGGAUUUUAGUAGAGUUGUAUGCAUGAUAAGAAACGGCCAAGGAUAUAAAAAGGAGAGUUUUAAGACAGCAAUGGCUCAAGCCAAAAAGAUGCAACAGUACUGUGAAUUAAAGGAUGAAUGCCGGAGGCAAACAUUACUUGAACACUUUGGAGAAUCUUUCGAUAGAAAGAACUGCAAAUAUGGCUCUAGCCCUUGUGAUAACUGUCUCAAGACUGCAUCAUGAAUCACUGCAGUUUCAAGUCUGAUGUGCUCUAACACAUUCAACAAGUGCUUGCUUUGGCGUUUACAAGUAAUUAAAGACGCACAUCCAAUGCGAAGCACCGAUUAGUAGCUUCAAUCAUAUCGUGCGGUGACAGAAUUCCUGAAAAGUUUUAUGGUGUACCUGUUGAAAAGUUAGAAUAGCUCUCUAGAUUAUACAUUAUUUUUCAGGGCGAGUUUUUGUAUGGGGCAAUUGUCCAUCUUAGAUCAAUUUUGUUUUAUUUGGUAUUAGUUGUACACCUUGCAUUUUUAUAUUUUAA